AUGGCUAACAAUCGCUCACCUUCGUUGCCCUGUCUCGACAGAAAACCGCUCCACACAGAGAGUCUGCCUUUGUUGGGUAGACAGCACGGAAUCAAAGAUCAGAAUCAGCAAAACUGGAAACCGCAGGCAGCUACCAUAAACCAGCCCUACACAGAUGAACAGGAGGAUGAGCUCCGUCGCAAUUCUAUCUCCAUCUUGGAAUUCAAUAGACACAGCAAUCAUGCGGCGCAGCAUCAACAGAACACACCUUUGUACAAGAAGCUUUUCUCGUCGCUGUUCUCGGUACUGAACCCCAACUCUUCGCUGUAUGACCUUUCUUCUAACCUUCCUUUGGGUACCGACACAUAUUCGGUGCGUAGUGGAGGAGAAUUGGAGGCCUCCAUUCCAACAAGAGCAGACAUCCUCCUCGCAUUACGUCCAGAAAAGCUCAUCGGGCAGUACAAAGUGGUUGCCGACUGGAGCCGGUUGUUCCGUCAUGAUGUUGAUAGCAUUAAGAACCGCGCGUUGCGUCAAUUUUACGAGGACCAGAACUACCUCAUUGAAAGAUACACAGAGAUUGACCAUUUCUUGGAUAACGGACAAAUGCACUUGAACAUGUUGUCGACCUACACUAAUAGUGGCAACGAGAAUAAGGCGUUUGCAGAGGCUGCCACCGAGGAAAAUCAAAUAGGCGAGGCCAUGCAAAAAAGCACAUCUCGUUCAAGACACAAUGACUUGCCUGGCAACAUCCGCGAAGGUGGUCAGUUUUUGGGUGUCGACAGCGAGCACGACUCACAAGUCUACUUGGCCAUCAUGGUCAACUUCUUCAUUAAUUUCCUUCUUUUAAUUGGAAAGAUUGUGAUCGCAUUGUUGACGAGUUCCUUGUCCGUGGUUGCAUCUUUGGUCGACUCUGUAUUGGACUUUCUUUCCACUUUUAUUAUUUUCAUUGCUAAUCGUCUCUCAACGACAAAGAAUUGGGAGACUGAGAUCGCUUAUCCAGUGGGCCGCACUAAGUUCGAACCCAUCGGCAUCCUUGUUUUUUCGGUCAUCAUCAUAAUCUCUUUCUUCCAAGUGGGCCUAGAGUCGUUUAAGAAAUUGUUUUUGGAUCCGCUGGAUAAGGUGGCCGUCAAAAUUGGCUGGGAUGCCGUCAUUAUCAUGUUGACAACUAUCUUAGCCAAAGUUGGUUGUUGGAUUUGGUGCGCGUCAAGCAAAUCUAGCUCGGUGCAAGCUCUCGCCCAAGACGCCAUGACUGACAUAAUCUUCAACUCUAUUUCAUUGAUCAUGCCUGCCACCGGGUAUGCCCUUGAUAUCUGGUGGUUGGAUCCUGCGGGCGCUCUCCUCCUUUCCAUCUAUGUCAUUGCAAGCUGGAGCAUGACAGCUUUUGAGCACAUCGAGAAUCUUGCUGGCGCGGUUGCCGAUCCAAAAGACUACAAAGUUGUUUUAUACUUGGCUUAUCGUUUUGCCGAGUGUAUCAAACAAAUCACAGCCUUAAAAGUGUAUCAUGCGGGUGACAACUUGACUGUCGAGAUUGAUCUUGUUUUCGAUACUGAGAAUUUUAAUCUAAGCUUCAGGGAUGCACAUGAUAUUGCCGAAGCUUUGCAAUACGCCAUUGAAACACUACCUAUGGUGGAAAGAGCAUUUGUGCAUAUUGACUACAUGGAGGGCAACUUUAAGGGUCAUUUGACAUGA